AUGAUGAUGUCUGUAUUCAGCAGCUUGUUUAAGGAUAAGGGAAAAAAAGAAGCUGCCGGAAGGCUGUCUAUGUCACAAGAUAUAUUACUUGACAUCCUCUUAAGAUUACCGGUGAAGUCGAUCAUAAGAUUCAGAGCCGUGCACAGCUCCUGGUUUUCUUUGACUUCAAGUCCUGAGUUUACUCUUAAACAUCUCAAUCAUGCUAGAGCGCGCUCUCUUAAACACGGAAUUGUAGAGGUUCGUAAUAUACACUUCGGAAAUCCAUGCCUCUCACUUUGCAGUUUGAAGAAGCCGGUAGCUGAAGAUGCUGAUCAUGAAGUAAUAGACAUUCAGAAUCCUUUCGGCAAAGUGAAUCACAAACCAUAUAUUCGUACGGAGAUCAUUGGUUCAUGUAAUGGAUUGUUACUUAUAUCUGUCUUUAGAUAUAACAAGGGGUUAAUAAGAGAAUUCAUCUUAUGGAAUCCGUCUACUAGAGAGCAUGAGAAGAUUAGAAAAGAUAGGCUUUCGGACCAACCUUUUACCUAUAUAUUUGGGUUUGGCUACGACCACUUUAAUGAUAAUUACAAACUCGUGGAAGUGUCUUCAUCGCUAGCAUCAGAAGAGACUUCAGUUGAUGUUUAUAAUCUUAAGGAGCGUUGCUGGGAGAGAAAAGACAGUCAAUUCCCCUACAAAUUUCUUUGGCAUCGACCAGGGACUACUCUAGCGAAUGGUGUGCCACAUUGGAUUGUCCGAAGACGGGUUAAUAACGAGAAAGUAGUUAUUUCUUUUGAUUUGGGAGAAGAGAAAUUCAAGGAAGUGCCUCUACCUGCAUCCUUAAAUGAUCCAGUUUUUAUUUCUAAUCUACAUGGGUACCUUUGUGUGGGCAGCCUUAAUUCUCAAAAGAUAUUCGAAUGGAAGGUAUGCGUGAUGAGAGAAUAUGGAGCGGAAGAAUCUUGGAUUAAAUUGAACAUCUCUUUUCCUGAAACAGCACCCAAAAUGGGACUUCUUUGUCAAUUUACACCCCUUGAAUUUACCAAAAAGGAUGAAUUUAUAAUGAGUUUAGACCACAAGGGCAUAGCUACAUAUUGCCCCAGUAAAAAUACAUAUAAGCCUGUUUUGCUUUCUGGUGGUCCAAAGGGAUGGAGUGUGGCUACUUAUGUGGAGAGUCUUGUAUCUCCUAAAACCUACAACAAAAGAGAAGAUAGAACCCAUUGA